GCGUGCCUUCCUUAUUCGUCCGCCAGCAGGACGCUAUAUGUCCGCUUGAUGCGCCGACUGUGGCGUAGCAUACAGCAAAUCACCUCACCCAAGACGCCGUAUCGGAACAUAAGCGACCUAAGGCCCUUUCAGCCUGGCGAUCGCGUUCUGCUUCGACCGAAAUCUAGCCGCAAUGUUUCCGCUACUCUCACUUUACCGCUGAAACCGGGUCUACGCCUUGACACCCACAAGGGAAGCAUCACACACGACGACAUCCUCGGCAAACGUGUCCGCGACAUCGUUUGCACUGGCCCAACCAAAUCUGCUCCGGAGGGCACAGACUUCCGCCUUUAUGAAGUAAGGCUCGAGGAGUACGUCCGCUUCACCAGACGUCUUGUCACCCCGCUGUAUCCGCAGGAUGCACGACUGAUCGUUGACUUACUGGACUUACACGUUCAGGCGCCUCAAUGGGGCCACGAGUCGGCGGGACCGAAAAUUGAAAUUCUGGAAGCUGGAACAGGUCACGGAGCGCUGACGCUAUAUCUGAGUCGCGCUAUUCAUGGUGGUAAUCGUCCUCUGCCGCUCAAAUGCUCUGACGUGGAAGACGAAGAAGAUCAUGUGGCGCUGGGGCAGUGGAAGUCCACCCGCCGUGCGGUCAUUCACACAAUCGAAGUCUCGCCCCGCUAUUCCACCCACGCCCAGAAAAUCGUGAAAGGCUUCCGUAAAGGGAUGUACCAUCACAACGUUGACUUCCACGUCGCCAAUGUCAGUGAAUGGACUCGUGCCACUCUCGAGAGACGCGGGGGCGAAGCAUUCCUAUCUCACGCUUUCCUCGAUCUCCCCUCCACAGAAGAACAUCUCUCCGCCGUAACCGCCGCAUUAAGGGUUGACGGUGCACUCAUCGUCUUCUGUCCAAGUAUCACGCAAAUCAUGGCGUGCAUGGAGAAAGUCAAGACCGAUGCGAUUCCACUUGACCUUGAGCGCGUGUUGGAGCUAGGCGUCAAUGGCGGCACCGGUGGACGGGAGUGGGACGUGCGGGCUGUGAGGCCGAGAGCUGCAGUGAAGGCUAAUGAGGCCGCGAGGGAGGUGGUGCGGGAUGGCGAAGACAGUGGCGUGGAGGUUAGUGAUGAUGAUGAGCUACCCGUUGAAGGGGCGGAGAAGGCUCGACAAGGGGAUAAAGGCGGGUUCAAAAUGGUUUGUCGGCCUAAGGUUGGCGAGAUGGUCGUUGGUGGUGGCUUUUUGGGGGUGUUUCGGAAGCAGAGGAUGUAGGACCGAUACGUAGUCUGGACUGCGAAGAGCGGCGUCGUCGAAGGCAAAUCUGAACUAGCAAGUCUCCCAUGAUCGUGACCGCUUUGCUGCGCCACAGGGAUAAUACAUUCAACUCCGAUCUUAUGCUUUCGUCAAAUCAUCG